GACAUAAUGUCAAGGGGAAACCUUUACCUUUAUAGCCACCUCAGUUUUUGAUGUUAAAAGAACCUACUCUCUUCUGGAUCCAGUGAAUAAGGAGAUGCCCAUUUCUUUCUUCAGUGAAAGGCAGCACCUCACCCACUGCUCUGUUUAGCAGGUAGCACAUAACAAAUUAAAUAGAAGGGGAGAGGGAAAGUAAUUUGGAAUGUUGCCAAGAAAUUCCAUGAAGAACAAUCUCCUUCAUUUUCUCUGUUCAGUCCAGAAGGGUAUACUAGCCAACAGUAUCAGAAUCUAUCAAGAACUCUAGAAGGAUUAGCAGGGUCACAAUCCCCCAUGAUCAUCUGGGCAUGAGUAGAGUAACCACCAGGUAAUCUCAGCUGAUAACCAGCUGAAAAACUAAAUUCAAUAGAACUUUAUUAAGCUACACUGUCCAUGGUCACUUGCAGUUAGGCUCCUCUGUAUGCAUGAUAACUUCCUCCAGAUCCACAGAGUUUUAAUGACAGUCUGAUCAGGCUUCUUGAAUAGUGGUUGCCACUGCUAUAAGCAGAAAGAGCAGAUUAUCACAGCUGGUCUUCACUGUCCAUGAAGAUUAAGAACUGAGUUUGUAAGAGAGUAGUUGUAUUUUUCCAAGAAUCUUGUUGGCUUCCCCAGCUAUGAACUACUGAAGUUUGUUGACACUGCCUGGUGUUUGGCCACUGGGAGAGCAAAUGGGACAACAGCCUCAGGCAACUUCCCAUGUAGUAUAUCAAUUGGAGCACUGACAGAACAACCUCUUGUGCCAGUUUGGACAUCCAGGUUGGCUAUCUGAAACCUAACUGAAUCAAUUAAGGUUCUAUUUGUGCAUGUACCUUGACUCCUGAAUAUGAACCUUCAGUGAUCUGGCUAUAUUGGAGUUAUAACAGGCAUAAGCACACACAGCUUCCUUCUUCAUACACUACAAAAUGGCUGCUUUCUUUUGGCAGAGCUACGUUCAAUCAUUUUAUUUAGGUUGAAGAUGAUACAAAAAGGGGGUCACAAUGCUAUGUAGGUGCUGAUAGUUCUCUUAACAGUCUUACCUUGCCAAGCAAUUGCUGAUCUGUCAUUUUUGCCCAUCCAAUUCCAACUGCUAUCAUCACCUCCUCUUGUUGGAGAAACAACCUAUACCCAGUCUCAGCAAGACAUUUUAGCGAUAUGAAGAAUGUCCAUAGUACUGUGAGCUUCCUUUAUAUAUUAUAUCUCUCUUCAGCUUUAGGCUUUUCCUAGCCAUGUUAUAUGCUAUAGGUAUGGCCCCCAACAUGGCAUGUGAAUUGCCCUGGUGCCCACAGAAGCAUACUGUGACACACCCCAGAUAAUCCAAUCCUCUCUGCAUGCCAUUGUUUACUAAAUGAUAAUCUUCUGUUUUGCUGCCUGUUGUUAAGUGCGGUCAAGUUAUCUCCAAUGUAAGAUGAACUUGGUUGUCUCUAGAAUGCCCUGUCCAUGACAGCUUUGUUCUGCUGUUGUGAAUUCAAGACAGUGACUUCCUUUAUAGAGUCAACCGAUCUCACAUUUGGUCUUCCUCUUCUUUUUCUGCCUUUGACUCUUCCUAGCAUGAUUGUCUUCUUCAGGGAGUUUUGCCUUCUCAUCAUGUGCCCAAACUAUGACAACAUCAGUUUUACCAUUUGUGCUUCUAGGGAAAGUUCUGGUUUAAUUUAAUCUGGGACUCACUUGUUUGUCUUUCUGUCAAUCCAGAGUAGUUGCAAAGCUCUUUUCCAGCACCAUGUUUUGAAUGCAUCAUUUUCAUCUUGUCAGCUUUAUUUGCUGUUUAGGUUUCACACCCCUACAUGAUGAUUGGGAAUACAAUAGUGUUGCUGACCUUGACUAUGCUGUCCAGUAAAACAUUCCUAUACUUGAUAAUCUUUUCUACUUCCUUCCAAAUCUCAGUCUUCUUUUAAUUUAUUGGCUGUAGUCUCCAUUUCAAUUGGUGAGCAAGCCAUGGUAUGCAAAAUCUUUCAAAAUUUCAUGUUCUUCAUUGUUAAUAACAAAAUUCUGUAAUUCUUCUGUGGUUAUUGUUUUUAUUUUCUUAAUGUCCAUCUGCAGUCCCACUUUUGUGUUUUCUUCUUUCUCAUUUAUUGGGAGUCAUUUCAAUUCGCUGCUGCUUUCUUCUAGUAAAAUGGUGUCAUCUGCAUAAGGUUACAUAUCAGGACAAUGACAUGCAGAGGCACAUCCAUAUAAGUCUAUAAAGAAAGUCUGAUGUUCUUCUCAAAUUCUUUGGUGCACACCAGUAGCCAAUGAAUAUUUGCGACAUGAAAAUACCUCUUCCCUUUCAGAAUCCAUCUGGAACAUCAGGCAUUUCCCACACUAUAUAGGGUAAUAUUCUUUCUUGCAACACUUGGAGCAUCACUUUGCUUCCAUUGACAAUUAGUGCAAUGGUCCUGUGGUUGCUGUGCUCUUUUGCAUUUCCUUUGCUGAGGAUAGGAUUUUUCCAGUCUAUGGGUUAUUGUUUUGUGUCCCAUAUUUGUUGGCAUAUUCUUGUUAGGAUUUAGACUAAUUCAUUCUCUGCAGUUCAGAAUAGGUCUAUUGGUAUCCUAGCCUAUGCCUUGCUCUUUCCUAGUGCUUUCAGAGCAGCUUUCACUUUCUAAUGUUGCAGGCUUUUCUUUAUAGGAUUCCUCUUCAAAGGAGUCUGUCAUCCUUCCAAGUGCCCCCUGUCCUUUGAUUUCUUGGAUCUUCUAGAAUAGUUCUCUUGUUUUUCCUCUUUUGUUGUUCUAAUUCUAAACUCUGCUGCCUGACCAGAUUUUUUUUGUCUUCAGUGGCUGCAUCCCCCUCACAUCUGAUGCACAUAUUGCAGCUGCCAUUGGCUUUUGGACUGGGAGAAAGAGGGAACAGAUGUCUGAAGAAAAAUUACAGCAGCACACAGUUAAUCAGGAUUUCAGAUACAAUCCUACAGAGGAACAUAAAAGAAACCUCCAACACUGGAAUACUUCAGCAAAUUUUCACAAACCAAGUAAAGUUAUUUUUGAGGAUGGUCGUACUCAGGGAAAAGCUGAGCCUGUUCUAGAGAUGGCAGCUUCCUUAACUACAGGAUUAUCAGAAGAGCUGCAAAAAAUCAAAUUGCUUCUUAAACAAUUCAAGCAAGUGAAUUUAUCACAAGCCAUUCAUCCUUUGAACUUAAGUUUUAUCAAGAAUGAUAGCUGGAAAACUACAGACGAGAUGCAGAAGAAGCGAAGAUCUGUACUUUUUGAUUUCUGUGCAAAAAAUGUUCAUGAAAACAGACACUGGACUCAUCUUUUGCGUAUGGUGUCCAGAAUAUAUGUGGAAGAUAAACAUAAAAUCUUGUAUUGUGAAGUCCCCAAAGCAGGCUGUUCCAAUUGGAAAAGGGUCCUGAUGGUACUCAGUGGUCUUGCCAAAUCUACUGCUAAUAUUACUCAUGAUGCUGUGCACUAUGGAAAACAUCUGAGGAAACUGGACAGCUAUAAUCUAAAAGGGAUACAUACCCGUUUAAAGACAUACACUAAAGUUAUAUCUGUACGAGAUCCUAUGGAAAGAUUAGUAUCUGCUUUUAGAGAUAAGUUUGAGCAUCCAAACAGCUACUACCAUCCUGUGUUUGGCAAGUCCAUUAUUAAGAAAUACAGACCCGAUGCAGAUAGGGAGGCAUUAAUAACAGGCUCAGGGGUGAAGUUUUAUGAGUUCAUCCAGUAUUUACUAGACCCCCAUCGACCUGUAGGUAUGGACACUCACUGGGAGCAGAUCAACAAGCUUUGUUAUCCUUGCAUUAUCAACUAUGAUUUCAUUUAUAAAUUUGAAACUUUGGAGGAAGAUGCCAAUUACUUUUUACAACUAAUAGGUGCUCCAAAGGGACUGACCUUUCCCAGUUUCAAAGACAGACAUUCUACUGACAAAAGAACAAAUUCAGAAGUUGUGAGACAGUAUCUUGCAGAGAUUCCUGCCAUAGAGAGGCAAAAGAUCUAUGAUUUCUAUUAUCUGGAUUAUUUAAUGUUUAACUAUAGUGUACCAUAUGCAGAACCCUGAUUUUGCUUAAUGCUCAAGCAAUCUUACAAUUUAAUUCAUGAGUAGGAGAAAGAUAGUUUCUUAAACGGCAGCAUUCUCAUUCACAAUGCUUUUGUAAACUAAAGUGACACCAACUGGCACAAGUUAUAAGAAUAUUGGAGAAGAAAAAUUAAUUGAACUGAAAUGUCUGGGAGGAAAAAUGUUUUUACAGUAGACAAUUUAGAGUCUAUAAUGCAAUAGAUCUAAUGUGAAUGGCACUAAGCCAAGCAUCCUCAUAAUGAUUUGAAAACCUCUGAAAUAGCAUGAUCUCACUGUGUCUAUUCAUUUGCCAUAAGUCAUGAAUGUAGCAAUUAAAAGCCAACUUUCUGAACAACUUUGUAUAGUGUAUAUUAAACAUCUAUAGUUAUAGAUGGAAGGGUUGGUUCCAAACAGGCGCAGCUAAUGACCCUGAUCUGAUUACACAGAACAUGUUAGAAAGGCACCAAGUACAGAAAACAAAAUCCAGCACCACUUUAGCCCUCACUCCAACUGAUUACCCUGAUUACACACAUACAUCACCUAAUAGACAUUUAAUGAACAUUAUUUGUUAAUACUAAUAUUGAGUUCACUGGUUUAAAAACUUUCUGUGCUUUGACUGUCACAAGUUCUUUAGCAGGAACAAAGCUCACUGUUCUUCAUGGUCUCUGGGUCACACAUGUGGGCUCUGUGCCUUCAUGGAGCUCCAAUUCGGAGAACCUGCACAGCUGAAGAGUUUAAAUGGAGCCCCUCCCCUACCAUCUCAACAUACUUAUUCCUUGUAUGUCCUUUCAAAUGGAUCUUUAGCUAAAGGUUUUUGCUCUGUUUUGUUUUUCUGUUCUUGAAAGAAAGGAAAAGGCACAGUUUCUCUUCUUGUCACAAUCGCAGGAUUGCCUAACCACAGCCCAGUGCAUGGCCUUGAAAGCCCCAUUCCUCAAGUAUGUUCAAUGUGGCACCUACUCAUGGGCACUCCCUUUGCCUCAUCAGCUUUGCUGAGGGACACAUUGGAGCCACCUGUGCCCACUGCCAAGCCAGCACUGAAAUAAGGUCUUUGAGCCUCAGUGGGCCCUUCAGCUCCAUCUCCUGAUGUUCUCUACUCUUGAGCUCCCAGGAGCCAAGUUCAGGCAAUAAUACCAUCAAAGGGAGUAAUCGAGACCAUAGAGUUCAUUCUGCCAAGUGUCCAAGCCAGGUAGGGGUGUCUGAAAGAGAGACCCAAGGCAUUACUGAAGAUCAAGAUAUCUGUUUAAUCUGAAACAUCCAACAAACACUGAAGCUACGCAGUUGUCCACAGCAAACAGCAGUCUCCAGCUGAGAUAAUUUAUAGCUGGCUACAACUGAGUAAAGCUACCUAAUUAGGUCAGUGUGUUUCUUUUAAGGAAGCACCCACACUUGCCUUCUGUUUGAAAACCUGAUGCCUCCACAUAAUCCUGCUCUCUGUUUUGAAAAAAAAUUCCCUCCAGCUCUGUCUCCUGCCCUUGAGAAAGUCCAGAAACAGCCCAGGAGGACUGCUGGCCUUCUAAUGGAAGACUGUCAGCUUCCUAUUUUGCACUGGCUGGGAUCCACUUCCUCGGAUGAUUUCUCCAAGUAGGGAAUAAAGGAUGCUGCUAUGGACAUUCAAGACAUUUUGUCUCUUUUUGAAUAACUUGGACACAAACAAAUCCUGAGAACACACCAACUGGUAGAAAGGGUGAAAGAUAUGCUGAAUGCUUGAUGCCAGUGUCUACCCCCCUUUUACCAACAUCACUUCAAACAAUUGUGGAAGAUCCCUUCUUCAAUGCCUCCAGCAUCAAAGUGCUCGGAAAACAUCAUGUACAGGAGGCAGGAGCACCUUUCAAUUAUCAUUGAGUCUUUGCAGGGUAGUUGACACAAACCACUUUCCUCCCUAUUAGAUAAGGAAGGUUACAAACUGAAUGUCAUGCGGUAAGACAUUAUUCAAGUCUUGAACUAUCAAGCUGCUAUGAGCCAGUACUAGUACCUCUGCAAGACAAUCAGGUCCUUGUAUGAUUACUUACCUGAUGACCAACAUGAACUGGCAUGCAUUUUUCAAGUCAAACCUGCCUACCUCUCUUCAACAAAUCAACACAUCUCAUUAUCAGACCACCUGCAAUAUGAAGGCCACAGUGGGAUCAAUAGCAUGAAGACAACCUACUUAGUUCCACUCCGGCAGGAUGACUCCUGAGGCUUGUUCCUGCACUUUUGAUGGAAUAGGAUUUGUCCAUGCUAAGACCAAUGAAGUGAUGGAUUCAGUCCAAAAGGCUAAGACUAAGGCUAAAAGAAUGGGGGUGGGCUGAGCACCAAUGCAACUGCCAUUAGUGCUGAUCAAGCUAAUAUUCCUGGGCACACAGACAUGGUGAUUAUUCCUUCAAAUAGCAAGCUUCAUUGUCUGGGAAAUGCCAAUACCCUUGCACACAUUUUCAUGUGACAAACGGAAAAAGAGACACAAGAGGAAAACAGCAUUUUUAACUGUCUACAAGCCACCCUUUUCCACUUCUUACCACUUUCAGUACCUGAUUCUCGCAAUUCAUUGAGACGUGGAUUCAAUUCAUUGAAUGUGAAGAUCAUAUCAGAUUCAUGGCCCCUAUCAAUGGUUUCCUGAGCUACAGAAUAGAAUCUGAUUUCCUCCCACCUUUAGGCAAUGUGCACCAUUAUGGGACCAUCACAAAUGCUAGCAAGAGAUAUCCUCUUUCCUAGAGAAAGGAGAAAUCCAACAUGUCUUGCAGCAUCAAUUUUGCAGUGGAUUCUAUUCCUGUUUUCUACAGUGCUGAAAAGAAUAGGGGAAUUCAUCCAGUUCUGAAUCUUUGGGAGUUCAACUUCUUCAUCACACCAAAGAAGUCCCUGAAGAUUACUCUGACAGUGGUUCUUCCCUUACUGAGGAAAGGGGUCUAGUUUGCAGUAAUCAAUCAGUCAAUCAGUCAAUCAAGCCUCCUUCCACAUUACCAUACAACACAGAUACCAAAAGACAUCUUUAUGCUUCUUUGAGUAGGAACUGCAUCACACCUUUCUGUGGUCUAUUUUUCAGAAGUAGGGAACUCCAGAAAUAGAUUUCUUUGCUAAGAGUUAUAAUAAGGUGUGCCCACAUUUAUGAAGCAGGGAAGGUUGGGAAUGAUGAUUUCUCAUGGAUACCUUUCUUCCACACCAAGGCACUUGCCUUCUUUAUGCAUUCCUACCAAUCUUUAUCCCCACAAAGACAAUGGUGAAAAUUGAAGGUGACAAUGCCAACUCCAUCCUCUUAACCUCUGCUGGCCAUGUUGGCCAUGGUUUACCCACUUCCCCAGUCUGAACUGGAAAUACUCCCAGCACUUACCUUGCAACACAAUGGAUGGAUCUGUCAUUCGGACCUCAAGAAACUCAGGACAGCACCAUGGAGGCUUUGGCCCUCUUUCAUGUCCCCUUCCAGCACUUCCAAUCCCUCAGGGUUCACAAGGUCUGCCUGAACACCUGGAGAUGGAAACCUUGAAAUAAGCUCUUCCUUCUCUGCUAUUUCUGUGCCCACAGGCCUCAUUUGCCAGCCUUCACAGUCAUGUGAAGAGUCGGUGCCCCCAUGACCCUGGAAAGUGCUCCAAGAAUAACUGCCCUUUUCAAUCCCAAUAAAUGUAAAUGGUGGAUCUACUUGUUUUGUCUUGUGAAAUUGCCUUAAAUGUUGCCCUAAUUUAUCUCACCUCACUUUGAAUGUUGUCUGACCAAUUGAACUUUCCAAAGACUCUUCAAAGGCAAUUAUUCCAAUAAUCCAGUUUUAAUAUCAUACAUUAUAAAACAACUUAAAAGCUUUUAUACUUCAAGGUAGAAAGGUUUGGAGCAUCCAAACAAAUAAAUGAACGUCUACUCACUGUAGGUGUCAGACAUCUUUCAAAGAGUCUUCAGAAAUUUCAGUUGUCAGUAAUGUGGCCAUAUUUUUAUUAGUAGGCAUUGGAAAUCACAGCUGUCCUGCAGCAUCUGCACUUUACCAUUCUGUUCUUGAGCACAAUUGAAAGCAUUGGUAAUUCUCCUUAAAGCCUUCAGCUACUGGAGUUCGAGGUACCUUAAGAAAGAGUGCCUUAAGGAAAGCAUGGCUUCUAAUGUUGCUGGAUGGCAAUACUCAUCAGCUGCAGCCGAGUUAGGCAAAGGUGAGAGAUGACAGAAGUUGAACUCCAGUAACAUUGCAGGGCCAAAUGUUCUACAUUCCUAUCUUAGGGAGUGCUUCUUCCCAUACUAGCCUGCUUGCCUCUAUUGGAGAUGCCCUUCAGUAUGUCUUGACUGUGGUGGAAGGCUGGUUGAAGGAAACAAGAGAAAAGACCUCCUUAUUGGUUGUACCCAAUUGAUGGAAUGUUUUACUCAAUAAAGCAUGGUUUGCCUUCC